AUGGAACUGAAUGGAUCCAAUGCUCCCAUCAAUACCAACCGACGGCUAGAUAGCUGGCGAUCCGCAAUGAAUGACACAACGACUGACACAAAUGGAGUCCUUCAAAUAUCAAGCACUGCUUGCCAGCGAUGCCGAGGUCAAAAGCUCAAAUGCACUCGCCAGCGACCUACGUGUUUGCGAUGCAGAAGGCUCCAAGCCAACUGUGUCUACCCAGCUCCAGCCAGUCGAAAAGGGCCACGCAAAAGCCAAACCUCACAACAAGAGACUUUUGCAACCACCAAGAGUCAUGGCAGCAGCACGAUGGCCACAGCCGUUGGGCCAAGUACCACAGUUGUCCCCGAACUUGGUCAACGGGUCUUGACUGAAGAUUCUUUGUCUUCCGUCGUUCCAUGCACUAAUGCAGCAUCUGUCGAAGAGCCCGUACAUGAUGGCAGUGCGACACUCUUGCCUUCACCACCACAAGGGAGCUGGCAAACCCCUGAAGAGAUACCGGGCACCUCGCUGCAGAAUCGCCCCUGCUAUGAAUCAUACCGCCUCUACCUUGAGACUCCAGUGUCCGAAUUGGGAACGAACAACACAAUGCAGCAAAGGCCAACGUUCGCCCUGCCCCCAAGGGCCGUCGGCCUCUCCCUUCUCGAAAUUUACUUUGCACGGGUUUACAAUGCGCACCUACUCUUCUUAAAGUCAUUUCUUUUCCAGGAAUACAUAGAAGACAGGCUACCGGCUUACCUCCUGAAGGCGGUUUUUGCGCUUGCCUCCUUGUUUCUUGUCCCCAAGGGUGAAGAAGACACCCCAGUGUCCAAUGGGGUUUCUGAACUUGACAUACUUCGCAAUUAUCAUGUCUAUAGCCUUCCUUGGGCAGAAGCCGCCACAAAGGAAGUGCUACUGCUUACCAUGGACCAAGUAUCUCUUCCAAUGCUACAAGCAUUUGAGUGUCUGACAAUAUACUGGUUUGGGAUCGGAAAUCCCAAGAACGGUAAUCUAUGCCUAGCAUUGGCCUAUCGCUUUUGCCGCAUGGAUGGAUAUGGCCAGCAGCUCACCGAUGGCGGUGUCCAAGACCUUUCGUUGGAAGGGGAAUUGCGACGCCGAUGCUUUUGGGCCUGUUGGGUUUCUGCUUGCAUAUCUGCGCAGUCAGAACCGCAUCUUAAGUCAGCGUGGUCAGAGGUUGCCGACGUUCCAUUGCCCGCAGCCACACGCAGCACUGCCACAGGAUGGAAAAUUUCCCUUGUUGGUCAUAUGGACUCGGACUGGCACCCUGUUCCCGAGGCUGAACACGAUUCUGAAAGUGAUCACCCCGUCGCAGCAUCAUUGGUUGUCCUGAUCGGGGUAUGGUAUGCUAUUCUUCACCUGACGGCCAACCUCAUUUUCUGA